GGUCAGAUGUCUUGGUUUGGCUACGAGACUCCUCGGAGUUUCUGGGAUUACAUAAAAGCUGCCUGCAGUAAAGUACCUCAUAACUGCAUCCGAAGCAUUGAGAGCAUGGAAAAUGUGCGAUCAUCUAGAGCGAAGGGCAGGGCGUGGAUCAGAGUUGUCCUGAUGGAGAAAAGACUUUCAGAGUACAUCACAUUUGCACUGAGGGACUUCAGAGCCAGCAGGAGGUUUUAUGAGGACGGAGCGAUCAUGCUGGGAGAGGAAGCUGGGCUGUUAGCCGACACGCUCAUCGGACUCAACACCAUCGACUUCAGCUUCUGUCUGAAAGGUGAGGGUCUGGAUGGCAGCUGCCCUGCUGUGAUUGACUACACGCCUUACUUGAAGUUCACUCAGAGCGCAGACAGCAUCAGUAGUGACGAGGAGGAGAUGAGGACUCUGGGGAGCAGUGGCAGUGAGAGCAGCACACCUGACAAAACAGCCACGGCUGCCUCCAUCUUUACUGAGCAGAGCAACCUGGUCAGCAAGUGCAAACGCUUCGAGCAGAAGUAUCGCAUGGCACUGGAACAAAAGGGCUACCUGGAAGAGCUUGUCCGUCUACGAGAAGCCCAGCUGUCAGAAGCUGUGUCCCAAAGCAAAGCCCUUCAGCAGAGCCUGGCAGACACACACCUCUCCCACACACUGGAGAAAGAACAGCUUGAGUAUAUCAUAUUGGAACUACAGGACCAAUUGACAGUGCUUAAAAACAACGACUUGCGAUCUAGACAAGAGUUAACGGCUCAUCUGACCAAUCAGUGGCCAUCUCCCGAUGCCAUGGAUGCCAAUGCUGUUGCCUUGGAUACACUGCUGUACAGGAAGACUACAGGACCGUGGGAGGAGAAGAGUUUCCGGAGUCUGGAGCAGCUCUCUGCAGACAUGAGCAUUUCCCAGAAUUCUCUCGAACCGUCCCACAUGCUGAGUCUGGAGGCCAGGUCGGCCAACUCAAAGUGGACUCACCAAGGCAAAGAAGAAACGCCUUCUCUAAGAGGUCUGUGUGGCUCCCUGACCUCAGUCACCAGCUACAAGUCUCUGGCCAGCCUGAGGUCGAAUGAAUGUUUGGCCAGUCCUACAACAGAGGUCAGCAGCCCAGGUUUCACUCCUUCAUAGGGAAUGAAGAGUUAAAAACGCCUUUUGGCCAGGGCCAGAUAAUCCAGGAACCUUCUCCGUGUUGGAAAUUGUUUGUAGAGGUUUAUGUUAUGUAUGUGGAACUUGAGGAUCUGGUGUAGCAUGAUCUUAACCAGCUCCAUCAGUCUGAAUGACGUCUUAAUAAUGUUCCACACCGAUGAAAUGACAGCGGAUCUUCAAAUGGAACUUUAUCAGUAUGUGUUCAGUGUUUAGUUUUGUUUGUUUUUAUCUGUGGAGCAUUGUUGAUUUCUAUUUUACGAAGUAUUAGUCUGAAUUAUGUCACUUUACAGCCCAGAGGGGGCAGUGAAAAGGCUGCGCCUCUCUUAGGCUCUAUAGAUUAUACCAUACUGAAAAUGCUGACUAGGUCAGAGGUCUGAGGGGGAAAAAUGAAAGACUACAAACCAGAGUGUCACUGAAUUGUUUUCUGUUGAUAAAGGGAUGUAUUCAUAUUUUUGGUUCUGUUGGUGGUGCCAUAAAUCACCCUUUUCUUCUAUUUGUGAUGGUUAAUGUGCCUGUUUUGUCUCAGUACGUCAUCAGUGUUUGGGAUGAGGCAAUCUUUGUUGUCGGGUGUAGAUGUUUUUCUUCAGUUUUUCAUCAGCCUUAUGUUGCCACUGUUGUGUAUCAAGCAGUAUCACAUGGUUUUGUUCUCAGGUAAGGAUCACUAUGAGUAAUAACCACCCCAAAUUUCUGGGUUUUAUUUUAAAGUUGAGCUUUAGUCCCUUUAAUUAUUAAAAUGCAGUAUUUCACUGUAAUGGCUGGUUACCGUGGAUAGAUUAUUGUUUAAAGUCUGUGUUGCGAUUCAGUAUGAAUACAAUUUGUAUUGUUGGUAACUAAGCCGUGUACCUCAACACUAGACUCAUUACUUUUUGCCUUCACCUCGUUCCAGCGGUCGUUUGCACAGACAUACAGCAGAUGUUUUACUGGAUUUACCUUGUUAUUCUUUAUUUGAAUAAACUCUACUGAAACA